AUGUCACGAACACACAAGCCUAGUACUGCUCUAGCCGAACGAAAUUCUAUAGAAGACUAUGAUUCGAUUCUGCUUCCCAUUUACACUUAUUUCGCAGAAUACCAAGAUCAUCGGAAGCGACUUCGCAUGAGACAGAUUUAUUGGAUUCCUACCAUUCAUGAUGAAUUGCAAGGCAAUGGAGUUGUAUUUCUGAGCAGAGUGCACAAACCGAUGGCCGAUGGAAAGACAUUUCCCAAACCAAAGGAAGGAUUGAGAACAAUGUUUCAUAUCAACUCAAGAAAUCGAAAUCGGCUUUUCGAAUUGAUAGAUAUAUUGUAUACUGGCAAAUCUAUUUGGAGCAAAAUGAGCGGAAGCCAUCAGGUCAGAAAAACUCAUUUGGCCUUUCUUGACCUUCUAAAGGAAGAGAAAGUUAUUGAGGAUAGCUAUGAAACCUCAAAACAAUACUUCGAGAAAGAUUUUGAAAAGGAAUGUAAAAAGAUGCGCGAGAAGAUGAACAAAAUCAAAGCCACACAGCCGAAAGACAUCAGUCCGAAUCAAAAAGAGGCGAAGAAAUCACACUCUGUACACCAUGUCAAAAUUAUAUAG